CCAUCUCUCUUCUCCGGGUCAACUCCAUAUUUUGGCCCUUUUCCGUUGUUUUUAAGGUUUUAUUAAAGCAAGUCAACGACACAGGCUUUUAUCUAGAUUCUUAACAAGAACUUGCUGUCUUGUUAAGAAUUUCAUUUGGGUGUGCGUUUAUGCUUGUGUUUGAUUCACGAUUCUGCUUUGCGCUUUGGAUCAUUUGAUUGAUUCUUAUCAUCCAAUAAAUGAUCUCUAUUUGUGCUGUGUACCAGCACCACACACACAGUGGAAACAAAUGCUGCAUUGUCUGCGGCGAUUAUCAUUAACAGCAAAAACUAAUCACUCACCUCCAGCUUUGGAAGGCGAUUUAGCUGAUGAUAAAACAUCAAGUUCCCGAGCUUCACCUACUGUCGACCUCUCACAAGCAUAUGCACUUGUUGUUCAAGCUUCUUGCAACAAAGAGAUCUGGUCCAAGGUGCAUUAUGUGGUCCCUCCGGAACUGAACGUCGAGGUAGCACAAAUUGAAUUCCAGGAGGAACUGCUGCAACUAGAGGAUGUCCUUAAACCCAACCAUGAGUCUGUCCAAGAGACACUUCUGCAUAUAAGACCGGACACCCUAAACCAACUUAUUACUAACUACCUUGACAGUACUGAGCAAACUGCUCUUCUCUGUAUCCUUAUCUCUCAAAGUGUGAACAAAGCUCGACUCUUGUAUGCCCCAAUUCAUAAACUUCUUGAUGUCCUUGCCCUGGGCUUGGAGUUUGUUGGACAUUCCCUUUCGCAAGCUCAAUAUGAUUUGGCAUUUGACAUCUUCCUCCAGUUCGACAGCCUCGCUAAUCACUUUCCUGGCCGUGACAUCUAUAACUUCAAUGAUAUGUUUGAUAGCUCCUUCCAGCUAAAGAAGCAGCUUGAACUUCGUCUACACAAGUCACGUUCAAAGGUCCAACUUCUCCGACGUGCCAUCAGAGGCUCAGCCAUAUGUUUAGUUGCAGCUACUGUUGGAGUGGUCAUAUCAGCUGUUAUUAUAGCUACUCAUGGUUUUGCUGCUCUUGUUGCCAUCCCAAUCUGCCCCGCUUGCCUCCCUUUAAAUAUGGAAAAGAAAGAACUAGAUCUCAUGCAGCUGGAUGAAGCAACAAGAGGGAUUUUUUUUCUCCACAAUCACUUAAAUACUGUAAAGAGUCUGGUGGGCCGGUUACAUGACGCGGUGGAGUCCUACAAUGGUACUAUUCACUUUGGGCUAGAGAGUGGGAGAGAUCGGUAUCACAUCCAGGAGGCACUGAAGCAACUUCAGAGGAGACAUAGCACUUUCCUUGACGAGCUUCUGAGUCUUGACCAACAUCUAUGUGUAUGUUUUGCUGCAAUAAGUACGGCUAGAGACCGUCUUCUUAAUUAUCUCUCAUCAAAAUCAAGCUCCUCAAUAAUUUGUUCUUAGUUCUGCUGCUGGACCUCUAACUUAACAGUACCAAGAAUGCAGCUAGAUGUCUCCCAAUGAGCACGGAAAUGGGGG